AUGGUUGAGAAUCGGCUCGUAGGUAUGAAGAGCCGCGGAGUUUACGAAACUCCUGGCGAAACCAUCCUGUUCGCUGCAGCAAGGGAGCUAGAGCUUCUGACGCUUGACCAAAAAGCAAUACAAGUCAAAGAUUCGCUAGCCCUUACCUAUGCAGAGUUAGUGUAUGCUGGCAGAUGGUUUGAUCCGCUUUGCAAGUCCUUGGAUGCGUUUAUGGAGGAGAUCACAGCGACCACAACAGGUUCUGUGACUUUGAAACUGUACAAAGGUUCGGUUAGUGUAACCAGUAGGCAGAGCCCCUUUAGCCUGUACAGGCAAGACAUUUGA